AUGGAAGACGACAGAAACAAACUGCAGACUCUGUCAGAGGCUCUGCAGAAGUUUCAAGACGAUCUUCAAGGUGCUGUCGAGGCACGCCAGAAGCUUGAGGCCCAACAGCAAGAGAACAAGGCGGUGCAGAAAGAGUUCACAUCUCUGGUCGAUGCUGCAGGAAUCUACAAACUCGUCGGUCCAGUGUUGUUGAAGCAGGACAAGACCGAAGCUGUGAGCGCAGUCGAAGGUCGUUUGGAUUUCAUUGGCAAGGAAAUUACCCGGACCGAAACAAGGAUCAAAGAGUUACAAGAGGGCAGUGAGAAGAUGAGAAUGGAACUGAUGCAGCUGCAGCAGAAGUUGCAAAUGGCAGGACAGGAUCAGCUUGAAGCCACUGGGUGA